AUGGGAAAAGUUAAACAAGAACCUGACGUUGAACAAGAAGAUCAGAAAGGCGAUAUAAGCAUAAAAACGGAAUCGUUAAGUUACGACGACAAAGUUGAACAUUGCAGUGUUAUUGCCAAGCCGAUGGCAUCUAAGAAACUAAGCAAGAAAAUAUAUAAACUAAUUAAGAAAUCUACUGGACAUAAAAACUACAUAAGGAAUGGUCUCAAAAUUGUGCAGAAGCAACUUAGAUUGGGCGAGAAAGGGAUGGUCUUCUUUGCUGGUGACAUAUCACCCAUAGAAAUAAUGUGUCACCUGCCUGCUGUAUGUGAGGAGAAAGACGUCCCAUACUGCUAUACCCCUAGCCGCAAAGACAUUGGAUCUGCCAUGGGUACUAUGCGUGGUUGUAUAAUGGUCCUUGUUAAAGAACAUGAUGAUUAUAAAGACCUCUAUGAUGAGGUUAAAAGUGAAAUUAAGUUAUUGGGACAUCCAUUAUAA